UCAGUGAAGCUCCUCCCACAAUGAAUCGUACCAUCAGUGAAGCUCCUCCCACUGCAGUUCAUCAAUAAAUGCUGGAAUAUUCCCAUCAGUCUACAAGUGAAGACGAGCAUCAGAGCACCAGGAAGAAGUGAAAUCUGCAGAGACAGAGUUUAUUGAAGGACAGAGAGAACAUGAGAGAUCCAGAACCCUGCAGAAUCAAACACACUGAAGAACAAACAGACCUGAUGGAGAAAACUCACUCACAAAUUGAAAGUAUCUCUUUUCUGAAAAGAAGAGAGAAGAAAAGUUUCACCUGCACUCAGUGUGGAAAUACUUUGAUAUGUGGGAAGAGUAUUAAGAGACACAUGAUGAUCCACACUGGAGAGAAACCGUUCACAUGUGAUCAGUGCGGGAAGAGAUUCAGACAAUCAGCACACCUUAAUAGACACAUGAUCAUUCACACUGGAGAAAUACUGCAUAAAUGUGAUCAGUGCGGAAAGAGUUUUGCAUGCAGACAGAGUCUCAAGGUUCACAUGAAGAGUCACACUGGAGAAAAAACAUUCACUUGUGAUCAGUGUGGGAAGAGUUUCAAAAAAAUCAUCACACCUUAAGAGCCACAUGAACGU